AUGGAUGCUUUCUUAACUCUUGUCCCUACAGGAGAUAUGGACGCACACUUCGUUGUGCGUUAUGCGCUCCAUCUCGGGAAGGGAUAUGUCAUGGAGAUGGCCAGUGUUGCACACAUAAUCACUGUUUUCCUUCCAAAGACUGCGGGACAAGAGAUUCAUGCCCCGAAAAUUUCUGUAGAUUUGACAGCCACUCGGGAGUCUGCAUUACGAAGCUUCUUUGCUGCACAAGUAAAACGGGAAAAGACUAGGAUUCGAAGGCUUGCAUCGGACACGGCCAUCAAAGAUCUGAUGAUGCAAGGCAAGAAGACUAAGUACGACGUCAUCGGGCUUACCGAGACGAGGCGACCUCACCCACUGAAUGCCGUGUAUGACACUGGAGAAGAACUGUUCUCAGGAACAUGCUACAGUACAGGAGUUGUUGGAGUUGGUGUCCCCGUCAACACGAGUAUGCCAAAGAACAUCGAUUCUUGUGGUUCAAGAUGUGGAGCAACAGAGGCGAUAAAGGAAGACCUUAAAGAGAGAAGAGCAGAAGUGCUGGCUGAAGCUGCAGAGGCGGGGAAAAGCGUCCGCUAUGCCCGUCGAGACUUCGCCAGUCGCAAUUCGAUGAUGACUGCUCUCCGAAACCCGAAGGGAACAACCAUUGCAUCGAGAAGGGGCAUGGAGAAAAUCUUCUACGACUUCUACUCUGAUCUCUUCGACAGCCAUGUCCACUUGCCUCCUCACCAUCUGAGGGGAGACGGACAUGUCAUUCCAGAGGUUCUCCCGUCCGAAGUACGACAUGCUAUCAUGUCGGUAAGAAAUCGUACGGCACCCGGUCCCGACAGAAUAAGAUCAGAAGAACCUUCUGCCAGUACUCAUCAACACCCUGGCGAGGAUCUUCACACGUUGCCUGUCGGAAUGCAAGGAUUGAAAAAGUCUUGGAUGAAGGACAGCCAUGCGAGCAAGCAUUGUUUCGAAACUCAUCGAGGUAUCACGAGAGUACAGGAUGCUGCUCGGUCUCACCUUCUUCGACCUGAAAAAGACCUUCUUCGACCUGCUCAGUACAUAAAGCAUGUGGAUGCAUCAGCUGAAUCUGCAAAAGACGAUGUUCAUGCGGAACGGAUGGGUCUCGGAUGUCCCAUUCACGCUCAACGGAACGAACAUAUCCGAAUGCACCAGCUACGUUUAUCUGGGUCGGGAAUUGAACAUGAUGAACGACCUGACCCCGAACUGGGCAGGAGGAGACCAGCGGCUUUGGGAGCGUAUAAGAGCAUUGAGGAUGUAGCGAAGAAGAUCAGGAACACCCGGCUCCGUGCUCACCUCUUCAACACCACCCUACUUCCUGCUUCGACCUAUGCUUCAGAAACCUGGGCACUUCGCAAGCAGAAAGCGAACGCGGUGAGCGUCAUUGAACGCGCAAUUGAGAGAGUUAUGCUAGGAGUAACCUGUUUCAUGCAUGUGAGUGACGGGAUUCGAAGUUCUCUCCUACGUCAGCGAUCGAUGAUAAGAGACGCCGCCGCGUUUGCCAAGGACAGUAAAAUAAGAAGUAAGCGUCGCGCAGUGGAAGCAGCUCUCGACUCACGCAAGGAGAAAGCCUUACCUCUGAUGGAUGAUCUGGGCUUCGCUCCCAUUGGGAGCAUCCUCUAG